GGAACACUUUUUGGAAUGAUCUUCAUUAUCUUUGAUUUUCUUUACAUGUUUCGAAUUUCGGAAAUAUUGCAAAGUCCGAAAGAUGCGAUGGAAUGCAGUCUUAUUUUUUGUGCAUCAAUAUUAUUUCUAUACCUUAAUUUUUCCAUUGGACAAAAAUUGUUGAAUCAUAGUUACGCAACGUACGAAGAAUUUUGUCAAAUUCCAUUUUACAUGUUAUCGAUUAAAACGCAAAAAUUAUUAUUACUUACUAUAACAAGAAGCAUGAAACCAAGUAGUCUUUCCAUCGGUGGAAUUUUCGUGUCGUCUAAUGAAAUUUUUGCAUCUAUCACACGAAAAGGAUUUUCUUUCGCAACAAUGUAUUACAGUGGUCGUUAAUAAACUUCAAGUGGACAA